CGUCGCGUCCCUAGUACCUUCCAGUAGCUCUUUGGAGUGUUUUGUAAUGAGUAAACGUUUGAGGUAUUAAUAAUGGCGAGUGAUUCCGAGAAAGCGGACGCAAUGGAACAAACGAAUAACGAGGACGGCGGCUGCGGAUGUCGAUUGCAGUGCUUCGAUCGAAUAAGCGACGAGAUGGUGAUGAACUUUGUGCGAGACUUCAACGAGUUGAAGACAAAGGACGAGCAAGAUAUGUUUCUGCAAGGUCUUAUAGAGCCGGACUCGAUAAAGCAGCGAAAGCCUCGUAAGCCUAUACCAAAGAAAAGGAAUAGCAAUUUUAAGUACUACGUUUACAAUAACGAUGUUCGGAUACGCGUUUGUAAACGAGUGUUCAUGUCCUUCCACGGUAUUACCGACAAAAGAGUGAGACGUUUAUGUACCUUGCUGCUCGCGGGAGAAAUACCGACAGACAAAAGAGGUAGAGUCGGGAAGAUACCAAAGGAUUCAAAUAAUAAGCCGUGUCAACAGGUCAUAGACUAUCUCGAGGCAUCCAUUUUUUAACGCUAUUGAUAGUCACGCCUGGGAAAUCGUACUGAUUAAUGUAAUCCUUUGGGAGGAUCUCUGGAUCGUUCUUAUUUAUUUGUAUACCGCUUUGUAGUUAAUAUUAUAUAAGACGACGAUGGUAAAAACUAAAUUUUAUACAAAGCUGUAUUUGAGAAAUGGUUCAAGAUGAGAUCCCGAUAACUUCGAUGACGUGAUAACUAAGAGGAAAUUUCAAAUCUAGCUCAAAGGGAAUAUAUAUAACGCGCAUAUAUAAAGAGCUAAUAUAUUUUAUGAUGAUAUAAUAGAAUGUCGUAAAAAGUUUGUACUUAGACGUAUGUUUUGCUAUGAAGUAUAUUAUAAGCAAAUGAAAGUGACCAGUUAGACUGACUUCUCGGAACUUAUUUAAAGUUAAUGACUUUUCGUUUUCCAAUCUCGUUAUUAAUUCAUUAGGGCCGAAAAAGAUAUCUAUAUUUUCUGUAAUAAUUGUAAACCGAUUGUGUCGAUUCCAGUUGAAUCACACAUAACGUUUCACAAGGCAUAAAACUGAAUCGUUCAUAGAGUACACUUAGCAAUGUAAGGUAGAAACAUAAAGCCUUUAAACAAGAAUAGACUGCUGUAAGUACAAAGAGCUUCUUCUUGCCAGAAACACCACAAAAAGUAUAUAUUACAAAAAAGUAAAGCCUGCGUGCUAUUUUAGAGAUAUUUUUUCUCUCUUCCGCUGGAGUAGUCCAUAUUUAUUCUAUAUUAUAACAGUAUUCCUAACCUCUGUGUAAAGUUUGUACGUGAAUCGAUGAAAGAUUAAAAUUUUCCAUCGAUA